AUGUCAUCAAUAACAUUGAAUCAACGUUUUGAAGUACUUUCAUUAGUUGUUCGAAAUGUUCUUACAUCAAAUUCAAAAAAUUUUCAAUUACAUGGUGAUAAACAGUUUAUAACACAAAUUUUACCAACAGCACCUGAAAGAGCUUUUAUAACAAGUGAAUGUUAUGAUUCAAGUUUUGAUCUUGGUUCAAUAACGUAUAUUGAUAUAUUACAACGUUUAUUAAGAUUAGGCUUUCAAAUUCAAUCAUCAGCAAGUGGAUCGUAUAGUCUACCUAAACCAGAAAAAUCAAUUAUUAAAAGUGAACCGCAAUCUAUCUCACCACUAGAUACAUUCGUUCUUCAAUAUACACUUGUUCGAACGCAUAUUGUGGGUUAA